AAGUGUUUGUAAAAGGUUCCUUAUUGUGAAAUGGUAAACUUUCUACAAGUUUCACUUCUCAGUUCUCACAUCCAGAUGAUAUAGUCGCUGUCCCUACAGCCACGUGAAAAUGCUUGUCUCUGUGAUCUUACUUUAUAUAGCCUAUACUUUACAGAAUAGGAGGAUCCUGGCUUCUGAAGCAGAAAGGGUCGAUUACCCUAGGAUAUCUGUUAUUCCAAGCCUCUACAUUGAUAUUGGGAGCAAUGUGACCAUCCAGUGCCAAGGAACCAAGCAAGAGGACAAGUUCAUUCUAUAUAAAAACGGAGCGCCAUUGAUAGAGGGGCCACUUGUAGGGCAAACAGCGAAUUUUUACCUACAAGAUGCAAGAAAAACAGAUGCUGGAAAUUACUUCUGUAUGAGGAAAUCAGACGCCAGGAUUACCAAUCAUAAAACAAUAACAGUCAAAGGGGCAGAUGACACUGUGCAGAUAUGGGCUUUGCCCAGUACCAACAUCUCCGUGGGAGGAAACCUCACCAUCCUGUGCCAAAGGGCAGAGCAAGGAGAUACCUUUGUUUUAUAUAAGGAUGAAGAUAUUGUAUCAGAGCAGGAACCUGCAGGAGGAAUAGCCCAAUUCCACUUAUACCAUGUACAGGCAAAGAAUGCAGGGAUAUACUACUGCCUGAGAAAAUCCAGCCAAUCAAAAGUCAAGUUUAGCAAUCAAAUACAUGUUACAAUAGAAGGGGCAGAUGACACUGUGCAGAUAUGGGCUUUGCCCAGUACCAACAUCUCCGUGGGAGGAAACCUCACCAUCCUGUGCCAAAGGGCAGAGCAAGGAGAUACCUUUGUUUUAUAUAAGGAUGAAGAUAUUGUAUCAGAGCAGGAACCUGCAGGAGCAAUAGCCCAAUUUCACAUAUACCAUGUACAGCCAAAGGAUACAGGGCCAUACUACUGCCUGAGAAAAUCCAGCCAAUCAGACUUUGAGCUUAGCGAUCAAAUAGAUAUUAUUAUAGAAGGUACAGGUAACGAGGUUUCCAGACAGAAUACAGAUUACACCAUAUCAAAUACAGUACGUCUUGCACUGGCAGGACUCCUGCUUACAGUCACCAUUCUCCUUGCUACUGAGAACUGCCAUACCAAGAAGAGCCAGCUACAAAAUGAAGAACUGAGCCAUUACCACUAUAAUAUAUAUUCUGUUCAGUGUUAGGCCUCUCUGUAAUUCCAAAGUGAUGGACAUGAACAAAAUGAAAAGCAAUUAAAAGAUAAAAUCGUAUCACCUUCAGGCCCGGACUGGCAAUUUGUAUAUUAAGGCGAAUGCCAGAGGGGCAUUUGGAAUGAAUGUUUUCUUUCCUGUUAAAAUAAAGAUGUUAUAAAUGUA